CGUCUCAACAUGGCGAACCGUACGAUGAAGUAUGCUCAUUCUGUGAAAGGAACGAAUCCUCAGUAUCUAGUUGAGAAGAUUAUAAGAUCACGAAUCUAUGAGAGCAAGUACUGGAAAGAACACUGUUUUGCUCUAACAGCUGAAUUGCUGGUUGACAAGGCGUUAGAAUUGGAUCAUAUUGGCGGUGUGUAUGGUGGCAGUAUUCAGCCGACGCCUUUCAUAUGUUUAGCACAAAAGAUGCUGCAGAUACAACCAGACAAAGAUAUUGUUAUUGAAUUCAUCAAGAACGAAGAUUACAAGUAUGUUCGGGCUCUUGGUGCAUUCUACAUGCGUUUAACUGGAACAGCCACUGAUUGUUAUAAGUAUCUGGAGCUACUCUAUAAUGACUAUCGGAAGAUGAAGCGAAAAACAAGAGCAGGAAAGUUUGAGUUGGUACAUGUGGAUGAGUUCGUUGAUGAUUUGCUUCAUGGUGAAAGGUCAUGUGACAUUAUUCUUCCUCGAAUUCAGAAUCGACAUGUGUUGGAGGAGACAGAACAGUUGGAACCAAGAGUUUCCGCAUUAGAAGAUGAUCUAGACAUUGAUUCUGAAGAGGAUGAAGAAGAAGUGCAACAGGAAAUUAGUCAUAAACGAUCUCCUUCUCCUGCUGAACGAAGGCACAGAGACAGAGAUAGGGGAAGAGAUGGGAGGAGACGACAUCAUCACAGCAGAAGUGAUUCACCCAGACAGCAUCGAAGGCAUUACAGUCGAUCUCCUUCACCCUAUUUUAGAAGACGACGAAGUCGGUCAUAUUCUGGAGAUAGAAGAAGGCAUCACAGUGAGAGACAUCGCAGAAGUCGUCAUCAUAGAUCUAGAUCUAGAUCUCAGUCACGAUCACGUUCUCCUCAAGAAAGAAGGGAGAGAAGGGGAGAAAAGGAGAAGAAAAAGAAAAAGAAGGCCAAAGAUAGCAAAGAUGAAGAUGAAGAAUUAAAGCAAGCUAAUCAGCUGCGAGCGAAACUUGGAAUAAAACCUCUUAGGAGUUGACAGUUGGUGCAGCAGAUGUGAACAUGUGUUUAAGCAUGUACGUAAUUUACUAGCUGUACAUAUAGAGACCUUGAUUUCUGGCAUAGUAUACUUUACAGCUGUAUGUGUAGUUGUACAGUACGUACUGUAGUGUUUGUCGUUUUCACUGUUUUUUUUAUAUUAAACCAAGUAUCACAGUGUAA